AUGACCGGGCGCGGAUUCGGCUUGGAGGAGUUCAGCGAUGAACAGUUUCUUGUCGGCGGAGUUACACUUCUGUUUACAGGACUGAUCGGUUUUUUUGGUAACCUGCUUGUUUUGAUUGUCACAUACAGAAUUCUUCGGCACAAGAGAAACAUUCCUAAUGUACUAAUACUAUUUUUAGCCUGGACAGACCUGUUAGUAUUUCCUUUAGCGUAUCCGCAAUCACUGAUAAAGUAUUUCUUCGGAGUCUACAUCGGUGACUAUAUGGGUUGCGAUUUUCAAGCAACAGCUAUCACAUUUCUCUUCAUGUCUUCCAUUAUUCUGGUUGUUGUAAUGAGCGUCGAUCGCCUUCUGGCAUUAAGUGAACCAUUUUACUAUGACAGGCAUGUGAUUUACGACAAGGAGAAAGUGAAGGUGGCUUCUAUCGGCGUCGGAUGCUCGGUUCUUACUGUAAGUUUACUUCCCGCCUUUGGAGUCAGCAGAAAUGUUCUUCACUUUCCUGGCACAUUCUGUUUAUUUGAAUGGAACUCGACCUCAUUUGAUGGCCGAGCGCUGCUUUACAUUUUUAUGUCUUCGUUAGCUUUUGCUAUGUUUCUGGUCGUUUCGUGUAAUUUAACUACAGUUAUAAUGGCUUUGAGACUCGCGCGUCGAAGACAGGAUAGCAUAAAUAAGCCUCGUUCUGAUGAAGAGGCGGCGAACUCAAGGCCUUUAGACCAUCACUGCAGCUCUGGAAAAAUGGAAAUUCAGUUCGCUAAAUUAAGUGGUGCUGUCGCCAUUACUUUUUUUAGUUGCUGGAGUUUGUUUCUGUUAAGGGUGACGCUUAUCCAAAAUGGCUGGCCAUUUGAGGAGUUGAUCGACUUCAUUGCGGUGCGGCUGGCUUCCCUUCACACAGUUGUCAACCCUUGGCUUUAUCCUUUGACUAGGAGGAAAUAUCGCGAUGCAUUCUGGUACUUACUGACGUUGUUUGUGUACUAUGCCACCUGCACACUACUGGUAACCAGGCCUGGUACCACCUUGGAUGAAAUAGUUGGUAUUCAGUCUGAAGCAAGUCAGGUCCGUGAACUCUACCGAGAGGAGCGACGACGAUCAAGUGCCCAGCGGCUUGUCAAAUAAAACGAGCAUAUCGAGUUGCAUGUCAAACUCGUCACUGGGUCUGAUGGGUGUUUAAAUCAGGAUUGGUGUAUGCUAAAUGGGCAGAACACGGUAUGGCAAAUCUUAAUUCCUGCAGUCUCCAUUCCUGUUACAACUCUGCCCAGAGUAGCGACGACAAUCAAAUGCUCAGCUCAGCGGCUGGUCAAAAAGCAGGAUGUUUUUCGGGUUAAAAACAGCGAUAAAGAAAGUUUACUCGAGGUCACUCAAGUGCGUAGUUCACAUAAUUAUUUUCUGAGCAACUGUCUAACAUAACAAUAAACUAUCAGUCAUUGAGUUCCAUCUGAAAUCGGAUCGAUUUCUGGUUUUUGAACCCAACAAUCAAGGAAAUUUCUUUUCAGAUGAUUUACAAGCAUAUCGAAUAUUAGAUGUUUCGCACAUGUGCAUGGAGACUGCGCCUUCUGAAGGUGGUAGCGUUAGGGCGAUUGUGAUAAAUAGCCUGGGGUAGAUAGCCUGAAAAU